CUUUCUCGUUUCGACAAGGGGUGUUUGAAGACAGCAGCUUCGCAAGGUUUUAUUAUUCUCUCCGAACAAAGAAGACCUUGAUCAGUUUCGUUCAGCCCUGUGAUACGCUCGGGAAAUUCAGAGAAGUUCUGUGGAUUGCUCACGGUCCAGACAAGACGGCAGCAAAGGGACGAGCGACCUCUAGUGGGAUAAAAAGAUGGCGAUACCUCGGAAGUCCUGACGCAUAGCGUUAAGGCGACGUGUUGCGUGAGGCAACGACGGUUGGGGCCACGCAUGCGCAGAGGCGACGACUCUUCACUAGCUUCAGCGAUGUGCUCUUACUCGGGCAGCUUGUUAACGGAAGAUGGGUUAUACCUGUGGAGGUAGCAUUUCGUAUGUUUCCCGAUUAUUAGGAAUACAAAACGCGGAGGCGGUGUUUGAUGGUGACUGCGGGGCGGAUUAGGGCGGAGCGGCGUAAACUUGGUUCGGUCGCCUUGUGAAAUGUUUAUUAUUGAUCUGUAUCUGAUGACAGGACAGACUAAACUGUCGAUAAACGACACGGCUUUCUUGCACGGCGGAAAAUCACUGGAGUUUUACUGCUGAUUUCUCCGGCACGCGCUGAACGAACAUUGUUGUGAUGGAAGACUUUCUCAGUUUGGACUUUGACACGUCUGACUGCUCUUGGAAGCUGUGGGACGGCAUCGAACAGGAACCGUGUUAUUUUGACGGACUCCUGGAGCUGGACAUUGUGUCUGAGCUCGGCCUGUGCACUUCCUCUUCGGACGACACCUCUCUGGGUCUGUCUCCUCUGCUUGAAGAGCCACCUGUCCUGACGAAUGACUGCUGCCAGCAGCACCUGCAGGCGACGUUGCCCGAAAGCGAGGCCGACGCAAGCCCCGACGCGUGUGACGUGGCCACGGUAGCCGCGCCGUUGAACGUCUACGACGUCACUACCGCACUUCCCAAGGCUAGAAGCCAAGCCAAAGCCACGUCCCGGAACGCUGCCCGGGAACGUAGCCGGGUGAGGAGCCUUCGCAGCGCUUUCCAGGCACUGCAGAGUUCGCUGCCAUCUGUGCCUCCGGACACCAAGCUUUCCAAGCUGGACAUCUUGGUCCUAGCGUCCAACUACAUCGCACACCUGGGGGCGUUGCUCUCGGACGAGGAACUGCAACAGAGCGAUGACAGUUCCGCGGACGACUCCACGGGCAGAGAACUUGAAUCGGCCAGCAGCCGGAGCUACCUCCAUCCCGUCAAGAAGUGGCCUAUGCGUUCCCGCCUCUACGCCGGUGCCAAGCCAUACGCAGACGACAGAACCAGAAGGCACGCCAGCGACCUGUUCCAGACGAAGAAGUCUGCCAAGAACGUCUGGAGGCGCCAGGACUCAAGGACGUAGGCGAGCUACGACGAAGAGUGCAUGCGCCAAGUGCUGGUGCUACUGAAAACAUGAUGGCAGCUACGCUUGAUGUGUUCGGACUCUGUGCAAACUAGGAACACGUUUGGGGACUGUAAUCGUGACGUUGUGCGAUUGAAGGAAGAAGUCGCUUCGCGGUAAUAACGCGUAAAUGAUAUUCAGCCCCCGA